CACAACUUUAUCGAUAAGCAGUCACAAAUACAAGUGAAGAUAAAGGUCCAUUUUGAAAGCAUCAACCCUAUUAGAUAAAGCCAACCCUCCCAGUUAUGGCAUUACAACUGAAGAUAAGACCAUGGAAGAAACCAGAGGAGAUGCAACAACUGAAAGAUCACAGAUUUCUACUCAUUAAAUCCCUUAAAAAUCACCUCUCUUCAUCAACCCAACAAUACCCAUUAUCACAAACCCCCAAAAAAUCCCAAUUAGCAAAUAUCCAUCUGCCUAUAAUUCCAGUUUCGCACCCAAUUCUAGUCACAAUUUCAUCAGUAACCAAAAGAAGAACCUUCAAUUUCUCAAUUUUCACCCUCAUUUUAUCAGAAUUUCUUCCAGUUACUACUAUCAAUGCCAUUGCAGAUGAUGUUAAAGAAGAAACAAAAGAUGAACUUGAAAUGUACGUUGAUUCUGAAGAGGGUUUUACUCUUCUUAUACCUUCUUCUUACAUGAAGGUGGAAAAGGCUGGAGCAACUGCAUUGUUUGAGGAGGAGAAUAAAAAAGCAAACAAUGUGGGAGUAGUAGUGAACCCAGUAAGGCUUAGAAGUCUUAAAGAUUUUGGGACUCCUCAGUUUGUGGCUGAAAAGCUCAUUCAAGCUGAAAAACGCAAGGAAAGCACAAAGGAGGCCCAAGUGAUUGGAGUAGCCGAAAGACAUGGCCUAGAUGGAUUGCCUGUUUAUGAGUUCGAAUAUAGAGUCGAUAGCACAAGAGGCGGACCAAAAAGAAUAUUUUCAGCAGCAUUUGUCUCUGGAAAGAAACUCUACUUGUUAAACAUUACUCAUACUGACAAGCCCGAAAAUCCUCUCGACAAUAAUACAAGAAUGAUGCUCGAAAAAGUUCUUCAUUCCUUCGAUGCUGCGCCUUCGACAUAACACUUAUGUUAUUUUACCCUAUGUUUAAUGUAUAUUCCUAUACUAUGCUCCAAUAUUUCUGUUUGUUGUUCAAUUAUUUGCAUAGUUUUAUGUUCGUUAAUCUCUCUUCGUUAAUCGAAAAAAGAUAAUUAUAGUCAGUUUUGGGUGUCUUGGGACCAUUUUGUGCGAAUUGCGAAUUUAAAGCGAACUAACUAGCGAAUUUGAAGGCGAAAAUUGUCGCAACUAUUAAAAGACAGAAAGUACUGUUUUUUGUUGGACCAAGAAACUAUGUGAUUGGAUAAUUCACAGAAACAUGAAUCAUUCUAUACAUCUGUU